ACCCGCGACAAGUGUCCCAACAGACCUGAUUAGUGGCAUCUGUUUAUUAUCCUGCAUUUUCUUCCUCAUGUGUCUCUUCCUCGGUACUGGAUUUGCCAAUUCCUUUGUCUUUACGUCAACCUGUUUACUUUGUUCUUUAUUGGAAAUGUCAUGAUACCUACAUCGGGACUGUCCGGACAGGAUUGUGCUACGUAAUAGCACGCGCCCACUGCAACCCACAUCCUAUACACCCGACACUACAGAAUCCCACAGUACUACGCACUACGCACGUACGCCAAGAUGGGUUCCUGGACCGGCUUCGUUUUGACGUACCUUUUUGGCGGCAUCACCUUUCUUCCGCUCUUACUGCUGAUCGUCUUUAUCCACGGCUACCUGACCUUCCCCGACCGGCCCGACCUCGACCCCAGAAACGCCGCGGCCAGCGGCGCACACGACGGCCAAGAUGAUAUUGUGCAGCCAGGCGAUGAUAUCGCGACCCUCAAGGCGGCGCAGAAGCUGUCGCGAGAAGAGACGCGAGCCAGGGCCAGCCAGAAUGACUCGGACGUUGCGGCGGGCUACUUUGCCGUUUGCAGAGAGUACGAACCUAUGGGCAUCAACGCCAAGCCCAUAGAGCGGGCGACACCCGUCGGCUCGGCCACCGUCGCGGCUCCUAGUCAGAGUGUUUACCAGGCUAUGUACAGGACCAUUUUCGACCGGAAGCAGCCGGCCGGGCCGUUGGAUAGCAAGAACGGCACCAGCCAGCGGCCGAGAAAGGCGGGCAAUGUGUUUUAUGUAGUUUUAAGACACGGUCAUAUCAUGCUUUUCGACGACGACGAACAGCUGGAGGUCCGGCACGUCAUCUCACUUGCACACCACGACAUCAGCAUAUUUUCUGGCGAGGAUUCGCCUACCCCCGAGGGUGAACUGUACAUCAAAAAGAACGCCAUCUGUUUGACAAGGAAAGAGGGUGGAUUAGAUGCGACGGCGCCGGACGCCCAACUUUCAAAGCCGUUCUAUCUGUUCUCGGAGAACUGUUCGGCCAAGGAGGACUUUUACUUUUCGCUCCUGCGAAACCAGAAACAGAGUUUCCGCGGCGAGCAGGCCGGUGUGGACGCUCCGACGCCGUUGCAAUAUGAUGUCAAGCAUAUAAUAUCGCUUGUGCAGAAGCUGCAUUCGUCCGAGGACCACCUGCCCACGCGGUGGCUUAAUGCGAUGAUUGGGAGAGUAUUCUUGGGUAUAUACAGGACCAAGGAUCUCGAGAACUUGAUUCGCGAGAAGCUUACUAAGAAAAUAUCACGCGUCAAGCGGCCGUCAUUCCUAUCAAACAUCUCUAUUCAGCGCAUCGAGACGGGAGACUCGGCACCGUAUAUCACGAAUCCGCGCCUGAAGGACCUCACCGUGGAGGGCGAGUGCGGCGUCGAGGCGGAUAUUAAAUAUACCGGCAACUUCCGCAUCGAAGUUGCGGCCACUGCGCGUAUCGAUCUGGGUUCACGAUUCAAGGCCAGGGAGGUCAAUCUGGUUCUGGCCGUGGUGCUGCGAAAGUUAGAGGGCCAUGUGCUGUUCAAGAUCAAGCCGCCACCAAGCAACCGUCUCUGGUUCUCGUUUCAAACAAUGCCCAAGAUGGAAAUGACCCUGGAGCCUAUUGUAAGCUCUAAACAGAUCACAUACGGGGUUAUUCUCCGGCAGCUUGAGAGUCGAAUCAAGGAGGUUGUUGCAGAGACGCUGGUGCUACCUUUCUGGGAUGAUUCGCCAUUCUUUAGCACUGAACAUAAAAAGUGGAGAGGCGGAAUAUUUGAGGGAGAUGACGCAGUCGUAUCCUCGGCCGAUCUGGAGACGUUGGCUGCGCAACUAGGGGCAGUCGAUGAGGUUGAAAAAUCCGAGGAGCAGUCAACGACCCAUGCAGCACAAUCCACCUCAGAUCUCCCGGCGAUGGAGAAGAGCCACAGUCUUCCUGUUCUGGAGCAGACUAGUACCACAACCGGAGCUUUGUUUGGACAAAGGUCAAGUGCAAGUACCAAGUCGAAAUCUUCUGGUCACAGUAAAAGGGGAUCAAUAUCAUCGACCAACACAGAGACAAGACCCCAGUUCCCGCCACGUCCGUCACGGUCUGGCUCAAUCACGGGUCCUUCAUCGCCGGUGGUAAGCACAGACACUGUCAAUUCAGACAUAUUCAAGCCAUCUUCAUCCCCACCAUAUGAGAGCGCCGCCGCGCAGGCCAUGGCUCACUUGUCGGCGAGAUCAGCCCUUGGAACGUCACCACCAGAUUCACGACCACCUGGCUCUGCAUCAAAACCUUCAAAUAGCAGCCACGUGUCAGUGGCUUCAUCUAAGGACGGGACUGAUUCCGACAAGGAUCGAAACUUUCUUGAUGCUACGCCCAAGCCUGAUCGCCGACAUACAGUCUCGUCUACGAACAGUGGCAGGUCAGAUGAGGACGACGCUUCACCGGCUGCAUCGGUGAAAAGCAAUCUCCGAGCUCAGACGGGCACCCUAACGCGCAACUUCUUUCUACGACACAAGACGUCAACUGAGUCACUGGCAGCGGCAGGCGGCAGUGGAGCGGGAGAUACACCCAAGCGCAACGCGAUGGAGGCUAUCGCAACCGCCGCCACAGUCGCCAAGAGAUGGGGCCUUAACGCGCUGCAGAGGAAUGCAGGCGACGCGAACGGAGUCGGAGGCAAGUUGGAGGGUGGUGCAGAUAGAGAGGAUCAGCAACCUCUGGACCUGAGUAAACCUAUGGGUGGUGGCAGGCCUCUGCCGCCGCCAGGGACACCACUGCCCAUGCCGGAUAAGAAUUCCAAAGUGACCUCAAUACCAGUGCCGCAACCCAAGCGGAGACCCAUCGUCCCACCGCCACAAUUGGUGCACCCGGGAGAGAACCAAGGCAGCGGCAGCAAUAAUAGCACUCAGGACAAUGGCAGCAGGAGAGGCGGCAUGCAAAGGAAAAUAGCUCCGCCGCCGCUGCCAAAAAGGCGGCAUGCGCAGCAGAACAACGAUAGCCCGAGCCGCGCCAACGGCGACAUGAUGCUGGUGGUUGAGGCACCAGCAGAUUCGGAGCCGACGUCGCCGCUAAGCGCUACCAGUAGUGACGGUGGUUCUGGCAGGAUCGGGUACAGGAGGCCGUGGGUUGAGGUUGAGGGAGAAGAGGUCGAUGAGGUGCCUAGUCGUGGUAGGUCUAGGAGUAGUCAGAGGCGACAAGGUGUCCAGGACGUUGAGGAUGAUGAGGGUGUUUCGGCUUGGAUGGAUGAUGGCGACGCUAUAGAAGAGGAGUCACCCCAACCGCCCAAGCCGCCGAAGCUGCCACAGCGAUCGAUGCUUGCUCAGCUUGGCGUCGCGGCAAAAUGAGUAUCCUGCCAGCUUGAUUGGUUUUUACUUUGUUGAAAUAAAUAAUGAUAUCAAGUUCUACAUUGCA